GGAGACUGAAUCAAGAAUACCACCAGUGGCCUGCUCCGAUUCCAAACGUAUUGCACGGCGUACUGACAAACCCUGAACUCACUCAUCCUCCAGAGAAGCUGUCAAGAUGGUCGUCCUUUCAGCGGCCAUCACGACCCGGUCGGGGAAGCCAAUCCUGGCCAGACAGUUUCGACAGAUGCAACGAUCCCGAGUUGAAGCGCUGCUCGCAUCGUUUCCCAAGCUCGCAGACACGGCAUCACAGCACACCACAGUCGAGCAGGACAAUGUACGAUUCGUGUACCAGCCACUAGACGAGCUAUACAUGGUUCUGAUCACGAACCGCCAAUCGAACAUUCUCCAGGACAUCAACACACUGCACUUGUUCGCUCAGGUCGUGAGCUCGAUAUGCAAAAGCCUGGAUGAGCGCGAAAUUGCACGAUGCGCUUUCGAACUCUUGUCUGCUUUCGAUGAGGUGGUCACUCUGGGCUACAGAGAGAACCUCACUCUCACCCAGAUUAAGACUUUCUUGGACAUGGAAUCGCACGAGGAGCGCAUUCAGGAGAUUAUUGCUCGCAACAAGGAGUUGGAGGCAUCAGAGGAGCGGAAACGAAAGGCCAAGCAGUUGGAGAUGCAGCGCAAGGAGAUGUCUCGUGCAACCAGGGGUGGCAGUGGCAGCGUUGGAGGCAUGCCUCGCGCACCAAGUUAUCCAACGUAUACACCGCCUGCUUCUACACCAAGCAUGACCGACUCCUAUGAUUCGUACAAUGCUGCAAAGAACCAAUCUUUCAGUAAGCCAAUGGCCACGAGAGGAAAGGGUAUGCAGUUGGGCAAGAAGAAGACUACAAACACAAUGUUCGAUCAGCUCGGUGCAGAGGCUGCGGAGGCAAGCGCACCUUUGGCUGGUGUCCCUGUACCUGCCGCACCAUCUGUGCAACCCUCGGUCCCAGCAAGCAGAACAAGCACAGAUCGUGAAGGGAUCCACGUGACAAUUGGCGAGGCCAUCUCUGCACGUCUCUCACGGGAAGGUGACCUGGAAUCUUUUGAAGUCAAGGGAGAUUUGCAGCUUCGCAUCACAGAUCCUAGCCUCACCCAAGUCAAGCUAGAUCUUGCGGUUGGUGAUACGAAAGGAGCUCAGCUCAAUGCACACCCCAAGGUCGAUAAGGCCCAAUUCAAGAACAACAACACAAUUCAGCUUCAGGACACGACGAAGGGCUUCCCAUCCAACAACAGCAUCCAGGUCGCCCGAUGGAAAUUGGCCGCCAAGCCAGAGAAUGUUGGAGAGCCACCAAUCACUUUCAGGGCGUGGCCGGCGGAGACUGAUGCCGGUACGUGGAGUAUCACUGUCGAGUACGAACUCAGUGGCGGCGAUGCACUGAGAGACGUCACGGUGGUAAUCCCAUAUGCCAGCUCAGAGCCUUCUGUUUCCAGCUUUGAUGCUGUAUACGAAGUCAGUGGUGACAGCAUUGACUGGACAAUUGGUGAUAUUGAUGAUAGCAACGGCACUGGCCAGUUUGAGUUCGAGGCGCAGGCAUCCUCGGCCGAUGAGUUCUUCCCAAUGCAAGUCAGGUUCUCUAAGAGCAAGCCUUGGGUAGAAGUAGACAUCAGCAGCGUGACUCUGCUCAAUGAGGAUCAGGAUGUUGGGUUUAGCAAGGAUGUCCGAUCGGUGGCAGAGAACUACACUGUUGUCUAGAGCAUCAUGCAAAGAGGAGCAUCAUAGCCUGACCGUCUAUUAAUUCGUAGGUCAGCUAAAAACGAAGUAGCAUGAUUCUGAAGAUGGGCUCGUGCUAUGUUCC